UAGACUGGAACGGGAAACGGAAAACAGCAAGGUUUUCCUCCGACCAGCGAGAGUCGCUCCGACGAGCGAGAGUCCCGCCCCGCAUCAGUUUGCGGAGCCGCCUUAGUAGAAGGAGAGAAGGGGAGUCGAGGAGGCACGGGACUGGAGGGACCGAAGUUCCCCGAUGGCGGCCCGGGGGUGCGCGGUCUCGCGGCUGCUCCAGCUUCUGCUGCUGCUGCUGCUGCUACUGCCGCUGCUGGCUGAGGGCGGGGCGCCCGCGCCGUGGCACGGGGAAGGCACCAGCCCACAGCUGCGGGACAUCUUCCUGGGCCGCUGCGCCGAGUACCGCGCACUGCUGAGCUCGGAGCAGCGGAACAAGAACUGCACAGCCAUCUGGGAAGCCUUUAAAGUGGCGCUGGACAAGGAUCCCUGCUCCGUGCUUCCCUCGGACUAUGACCUUUUUAUUAACUUGUCCAGGCACUCUAUUCCCAGAGAUAAGUCCCUGUUCUGGGAAAAUAGCCACCUCCUUGUUAACAGCUUUGCAGGAAACACCCGUCGUUUUAUGCCACUGAGUGAUGUUCUGUAUGGCAGGGUUGCAGAUUUCUUGAGCUGGUGUCGACAGAAAAAUGCCUCUGGACUCGAUUACCAAUCCUGCCCUACAUCAGAAGACUGUGAAAAUAAUCCUGUGGAUUCCUUUUGGAAAAGGGCAUCCAUCCAGUAUUCAAAGGAUAGUUCUGGGGUGAUCCACGUCAUGCUGAAUGGUUCAGAGCCAACAGGAGCCUAUCCCAUCAAAGGUUUUUUUGCAGAUUAUGAAAUUCCAAACCUCCAGAAGGAAAAGAUUCCACGAAUUGAGAUCUGGGUUAUGCAUGAAAUUGGGGGACCCAAUGUGGAAUCCUGCGGGGAAGGCACCACGAAAGUCCUAGAAAAGAGGCUGAAGGACAUGGGGUUCCAGUACAGCUGCAUUAAUGAUUACCGCCCCCAAGACUGUGGACCUGCUGAUUCUGCAAGGGGCUGGAAUCCAACACUGAAAAAACCAGUGAAGCUCUUACAGUGUGUGGACCACAGCACUCAUCCUGACUGUGCCUUAAAUUCGGCAGCAGCCACUACUCAAAGAAAAGCCCCAAGUCUUUAUGCAGAACAAAGUGCGGUUCUUAUCAUUCCCCUCCUUCUGGUGCUGGCUUCCGGGACUCAACUGUAACUGGGAACUGUGUUGCUCUAACCCUCCUCCAGCCCUGCAGCCUCCCCUUGCAAUCAUCUUUCCUGUUCUGUGUAUACCAAAUGAUUCUGUUGUCUAAAGAAGCUCUUUGCGGGCAAAACGAUGUCCUGAAAUGGUAUUUCAAUGAGACAUAUGCGCAGGAUUUCAGAAACAAGAAAUUAGUUCUAUUUAGCAGGUUUAAAAAUGCUGCAUUAGAAUUAAAGCAAGUUAUUUUCUUACUUUUAUAAUGACACAAAGCACUGGGAGUCAGACUGCUUGUAUAUUAUCAAACAUUUUUAGAGAAUUCUAAUAAAGCUGUAUUUUACAUCA